UGGUUCAUCUCAUCUUAAGAUGGCAUAUGAAGAGGUAUUAUUUCCCAAAGGGAUAGAUACUGUAAAGCAAGGGAAUUCUGAGCUCUUUAGGUUUAUUGGAGACAAAAUCAUGUGGGAAGCUAUGGAUAUAAAUAAUACAUGCUCAAUUCAUCAAAUUGUUGAAGACACUCUUAGUGAGGCCAAACAUAAGCAAUGGGAUUUUAACGACUUUAUUGCAAUGUCCAAAUGGAAGGCUAAAGGUGGCCUCGCAUACAAUAAAAUCUUUAUGGAGCGGAUGAGAAAAAAGAUAGAAAGUGGAGAAAAAAAUAGCCAGAAG